AUGCUGGUGGGUGGUAGAGUUAGUGGGGGUAGUGAUGAUGACAAAAGUGGUGACAGUUGUGGAGGUGGCCAUGGAAGUGUAGGUAGAGGUGGUGAUGGAGAAGCUGAUGGAGGAAGUCAUGGUGGAGGUAGUAGUAUUGGUAGUGGAAGUGGAGGUGUUGCUGGAGUUGGUGGAGGUUAUAAUGGAGAUAAUGGGGGUGGUAAUGGUGGUGGUGGAGGCAGGGAUAGAGAUGGUGCUGGUAGAGGAAGUGGAGGUGGUUUGGGAGAAAAUGAUGGUGGUGAUGGAACUGGUGAUGGUGGAGGUGGUGAUAAUAGUGGUGGAGGUGAUGGUGGAAAUGGAAAUGGGGGUGGUAGUAGUAGAGGGGCUGUUGGAGCUGCUGAUGAUAAUAGUAGAGGUAGAAAUGAAGUUGGAGGUGGAGGUGAUGACAGGGAAGAUGGAGGUGGUGGUGGAAGUGGAAGUGACAGUGGGAAAGAGAUGACAGUGAUCACGCAGGUGGUCCUGGAGGAGGUAUUGGUGGGAUAG